AUGGCUUUAAAGGAAAAUAAAAUAAAAUAUUGUGAUUUUGUAACCACCAUCGGCGUAGGAACAUUUGCACGAGUGAUAUUAGUUCACUAUCGAACUAAAAAUGAAUAUUAUGCACUGAAAAUGAUGUCAAUUGAAGAGAUUGUACGAUUAAAACAAACUGAACAUGUUAAAAAUGAACGAAAGAUUCUAGCACACAUCAAACAUCCUUUUAUUGUUAAUUUUUAUUGGUCUGAUCGAGAUAUAAGAGAUUUAUAUUUGUUACUCGAAUAUGUGCCUGGUGGUGAAUUAUUCUCAUAUUUAAGAAAAUCGAUUCGAUUUAACACUGAUAUAGCAAAAUUUUAUACGUGUGAAAUUAUUCUUGCAUUAGAAUAUUUACAUAGUUUCUCGAUUGCAUACAGAGAUAUUAAACCAGAAAAUCUUUUAUUAGAUUCUUCCGGUCAUUUGAAAUUAACAGAUUUUGGCUUUGCGAAAUAUAUCCAUGAUAGAACUUAUUCGACUGUGGGUACUCCAGAAUAUUUGGCACCGGAAAUCAUAUUGUCAAAUGGUCAUUCAACAGCCGUUGACUGGUAUUCACUCGGCAUUUUAAUUUACGAAUUUCUUGUUGGUCAACCACCAUUUAUCGAUGAUAAUCCAUUUCAUAUUUAUCAAAAAAUUUUACAAGAAAAUGCCAAGUUUCCUGCGAAAUAUGUUGAUCCUGUAGCAAAACAUUUGAUUAAAAAAUUGAUUAUCCACGAUAGAACAAAACGUUUAGGAAAUAUGAAAAAUGGUGCCAAUGAUGUUAAAAAUCAUCGAUGGUUCAAAAAUGUUAACUGGGAAUAUGUUUACGAUCGAAGACUACAGCCUCCAAUUAUUCCGAGUGUAUUGCAUAGCGGGGAUACUCAAAAUUUUGAACAGUUUGAUGAUUGCGAUGUUUGGUAUAUGUCACCAAUUAGUUCAAUAGAAGAUUUUGUUUUAUUCGCCGAUUUUUAA